AACUAAGCCGCUUUUGAAGAAAUGAGACAUGUUUCAUGUAUAGACGUCCAGACACAAGUUCUUAAAAUAAUUGGUUAUAUUUAAGCAGAGGAGCAACAAGAGAAGUUGGACUUGGUUUAGAUUAGAGUUCAUUAUUUCAAAUCUUGAGUCAUGGCAAAUCUCUCAGAAGAAGAAAAAGAGGCGUUAGAAAUCAAACGAUCUUUCGAGUACUUAGAUGUCAAUAAAGAUGGAAGGAUAUCGUCUGCUGAGGUCGUGAGAGGAACCCAGAUUCACGGUUUAAAUCCUACCAGGAAAGAGGCUAGUGAAAUGAUAGCAGAAUUGGACACCAGUGGCAAUGGCUAUGUUGAAUUCGAAGAAUACGAAAAGUUUAUGAAAAAGGAACUGAAGAAAUUGGAUUAUGAGCAAAAACUUUUCAUGGACGCUUUUAAGAAAUUCGAUAAAGAUGGAAAUGGAUUUGUAUCAUUUGAAGAACUGAAAAAAGCUUUAUGUGGUACAGGCGACAGAAUGUCGGACGAGGAUGUAAAAAUGUUCUUUGAUGAAGCAGAUCUGAAUAAGGAUGGUAAAAUAGACUACAAAGAAUUCGUCACAUGGUUUUCAAGCGCGUAGCUUGUGCAUAGACAAUCAAAAACGCACCUCAACAAUCUUCUGAACUUUUAUGGCAUUGGUUCUAAGGAUAUAAACGUCAUUUCUUAUACCGGUAAUAAUAUCUCUUGUAGACAUUAACAUUCUUACAUAACAUUAUGGCAUGUAUAAAUGCAUGUAUACGUGUACAACAAAGUGCUGUACACACGAGACCGGACAGAAAACAAUGCUGAUAGAAUUUAAACCUCUGAGGUGUAUUCUCUGAUCAAGGAUUAACUUGUAAAUUUAAAAAGAUUGAUUUAAUCAUUCUUCUCAAAAGAAAAAAAUGCUAGGAUGAUAUCAGAUGGUUUAUUUAGAACUACUCAAGCGAAAAUAACAGCUUUAAAACGCGUAAUGUGUUACGUAAUAUCAAUUUGCUAAGUAUUUACAUAACAAAAUUAAUUUUAAAACAGAAAACUACAUGUUUUUAUUUAAAAAAAAUAUUCUUGAUGUGUGGUUUGAAGAGAAAAUUAUUGGUGUUUUGACUUUCUAUUAAUAAAAAUUAACCAAGAAAGAUGCAGAUAUAUUAUUUCUAUGAACCAACGUUUGUAAUA